AGAGAACAGAGUUGUGACAGCUUCUCUGCAGUACAGCCACAAUAUCCCAACACUUACCUAAUCAUCAACUUACUGACAGCAACUUGCAACAGACUGGACAAAACAAUUUAGAGAAGGAUAACAAGAACUUCUGAAACCAGAGAAAUCAGUGUUCAGAAAGAAGAACAGUGCAAAGGGAUACUGAAAAGCAUGGGACAGGGAGAAAUAUGAAGGAGCAGUCUUAAGAAUUCUUAGAACCGUGCAGGGAUAUAUUCUAGAGGCAAAUGAGUGCCUAGAUUCUGCAGAGAGAAGAACAGUUGUAAGAGGUAGGUAGGACAGGUUUUCUCCUAGAUGGACACUGGAGUCAGAGUCACCCAGGCUGAGACAGAAAAUAUAUAGGAGAAUAUAUCAGAAAGCCCAGAGGGUAACAUUACGGAAAGACUUGUGAAGAAGUGUGUGGGAAUGAAAUACAGACGACACCACAAAUCCAUUCACAACUGUCACUAAACUCUUGGAAGUAUAGAGAGCAGAGGAUUGUCGUGUGGUUCCUCCAGCGGAAAAACUUUCUCCAGCUCCAGUGGAGAAAGAUGAGCUACAUUCAGCUACACAUCAAUGAAAUUAGACAGCAGGGAAGAGAGGGGUAAAAGGUCAGGGAGCAUCCCAGACUGACUGAAAAGCAACAUGGCACUGUGGUACCUUCCCGGAAUCUUUACUAUCCUGAUAGGACUCCUACUCUCCAUGCAGAGGUCAUUAACAAAUGAAAUUCUGGGGCUCAAGAUACCACCAGAGCCGGUAUUGAAUGCCAAUACAGUAUGCUUAACAUUACCAGGCUUGACCCGCCGUCAGAUGGACGUAUGCAUGCGGCAUCCGGAUGUGGCAGCAUCGGCCAUUCAGGGAAUCCAAAUUGCAAUCCAUGAGUGCCAGCAUCAAUUUCAGAAUCACCGCUGGAACUGUUCCAGUCUGGAAACCAAGAACAAGAUUCCAUAUGAGAGUGCAGUAUUUAGCAGAGGUUUCCGGGAGAGCGCAUACGCCUAUGCUAUUGCUGCAGCUGGGGUGGUGCAUGCAGUGUCCAAUGCUUGUUCCAUGGGCAAGCUAAGGUCAUGUGGCUGUGAUGAGAAGAGAAGAGGAGACGAGGAGGCCUUUAGGGCUAAAUUACACAGACUACAGAUGGAAGCUAUGAACCGUGGGAAGGGCAUGGUGCAUGGUGUCAUGGAACACAUGCCUGCUGAGGCACCAGGGCCACAGGACUCCUGGGAGUGGGGAGGCUGCAGUCCAGAUGUGGAUUAUGGGGAGCGCUUCUCCAAAGAGUUCUUGGAUUCACGGGAACUUUACAGAGACAUACAUGCUCGCAUGAGACUGCACAACAACAGGGUGGGCAGGCAGAUUGUGAUGGACAACAUGAAAAGAAAAUGUAAAUGCCAUGGUACAUCUGGAAGUUGCCAGCUCAAGACCUGUUGGCAGGUAACGCCGGAGUUUCGUAUGAUUGGCUCCCUCCUGAAGGACAGGUUCUCAGUGGCCACUUUGAUAAGGCCUCAUAACAGAAACAAUGGACAGCUGGGGCAGUUGGAACAUACACAUGCUCCAUACCGGAGGCGAACUGGCAUCACUGACUUGGUAUAUUUUGAGAAAUCUCCUGACUUCUGUGAACAGGAGCUUAAUUUGGACUCAGCAGGGACACAAGGCCGGAUAUGCAACAAAACUAGCCCAGGAAUGGACAACUGUGAGAGUCUGUGCUGUGGCCGCGGUCAUAACAUUCUCAGACAGACACGUACCGAGAGGUGCAACUGCAAAUUCCACUGGUGUUGUUAUGUGGUGUGUGAAGAGUGCCGCAUCACAGAAUGGGUCAGUGUGUGUAAGUAGGAAAAAUACAACAAAUUCUUCCUAGCUUCCACAACACUAAGGGGAAAAAAAGCACCAUGCAUAAAAUCAAGGUUGUAGACAAACAUUCACAAGACAUGGAGCUAAACCACCUAUGAUUGGCCUGGACUGCAAGAAACAAAGAAUACAAAUGCAAUUGACCAAAUGAGAAUUGCUGCAUACCAAAACAGGUUUAAUGUAAUACAAAUUAAACUGAAUGUGUUGCAAAAUGUUUCCAUUAUCCAUAACAGCCCCCAUUACUGAAGAAGCCCAAACUCAUCUUGUAGUACAGAAAUCUUUGUGAGAGCUCUGAGAUUCACACUGUUUAUCUGAUUUGCCAUUAUACAUGCUUGUGAAAUUCAUUUCAGUAUUGGACGCCUGCUGUGGCCUGCAAGUAUCUGCAUAAAAAGUUUAACGCCUACAGUACAAUAUUCAAAAGACUGUAAUUGGGUUAAAUCUUUUGCAUCACAGACUGACAUUUAUCACCUGGUACAUACACCUUAAUAAACAGUGAUUAUAAGUGUCAGAAAGACUUUAUAGGGAUACUUCUAGCUCAUUACAUGUAACCCUCAGGUUCACACCUGAUAGAAAUCCCUCAGGACUAUCUAUCAUACACAUUACUACAUAUACCUGACGACUGAAUGACACAUUGUCUCUGCCACAUACCAGAAAUACUUCCAGUAUACUGCUGAGAAUGUUUAUUACUGGAAAGCAUGCAACUUUUUCAGCUGUUGUUGAACUAGAGGCUGGCAGAGCAUGCUGGAACCUGUAGUUCAAUUGGAAAGCCACAACAUGCCUGCCCUGUAGCUGUGAUCUAUUCAGAUAUGAAAGUUGUUUGAUAAUUAUCCAAUUAUUCAUUUUAAAAUGCAGAUUUUUUUUAUUGUUGAAUUAAUAUGAAAAAGUUGUAAUAUGAGUUUGCUGGUCAAACCAAAGAAGAAGAAGAAGAAGAAGAAUAUUUAGGGUGUAUAUUAACCCAAAGCAAGCAUUUAUUUUAGAACUCCAUAUAUGAGACAUCUAUUUCACAGGUGAAGGGGAUAAACAGUUAUAUUAUAUGGACUUACUGUAUAUCAGCUGUACAAUAUCAGUAAUUACUGGCUGAUCUCUCAAAGUAUAAACAUCAGCACAACUUUAAUAACAGAAAUGCUUUGCUCUACAAUUGUUAAGAUUCAUCCUUAAACAGGAGAAUAAAACAGUGUGCUGUACCACACAUCAAUGCUGACAGAUAAGUAUUUCUCUAAGUCAGAUACUUUUGAUGUUGGCACACCAACAUACUGUAUGUCAACAUCGGAAUGACUUGUAAGUACACAGAGUUGUUCAAAGGUACUACACUUUUAGAGAUUUAGACUAUGCCAGUGGUUCUCAAACUGUGUGCCGUUGCAACCUGGGGUGCCUCUGGGCACUUGCAGGGGUGCCUUGGAUUGGUGGUCUAGGACCAAUUCAACUUAUUUAUGGUCAAUGUAGUAGACAAAGCCAGUGCUGGCAGAUGCCAAUUCUAAAAUAUAUUGGACAAUCUGAAUCAAAACUUGUCCCUCACCACACAACUGGACUUAAGCGUGACAUAUAAAAACAAUAUACUUAAUUUAAUAUUUCUUUCUAAAGUUCUCAAAAAGAAACUUUGGUCUAGGGGUGCCAUGAAAAAGAAAUCUGAUACUCUAGGGUGCAAUUACUGAAAAAAGUCUGGGAACCAUGGACUAUGCCCUACAUGGAAC